AUGAAAGCCAUUAAUAUAAUAUUAAUAAUAUUAUUAAUAUCAAGUUUAAUAUGUAUAAAUGGAGUUGAUGUAUCAAUGUAUGAAGGGUUUGCAUUUAUUGGAUCCAAUACCAACUCGAAAAUGCCAUUUGCGACACUCAUGUCAAAGCCCAAUCGAACAUUGCCAUACUCUUGGACCAACCAAUACCGCAUUGUACAGGUGUUUACAGAUUCUACCAAACUCUAUGGUACCAGUGUAGCUGUUGGUCCUGGAUCCUAUGCCAAUGGAACUCAAGUGGUCUUGGGAGCUGUAGGAUCACCCAAUGAAAAUACAGUCUACAUUUACAAUGUCGAACAAUGUAGUAAUAAUACCAAUUGUGAUCCAAUAUUUACUUUUCAAGAUGUUGCCAAAAGUAAAAAUUCAACUACCAAAGACACAAAACUAUCAAAGAAAGAAUUUGCAUGUACUAUUGGUGGUAUCAUUGGUAUUGGUCAGAAUUUUAUAGUUUCAACAUGUCAAAAUGAUUUAAUGUCUACUAAAAAAUCAUCAUCUCCAAUUGUAUUUUGUUUUAUUGAUAUGGAUCAAAUAAUACCAAAUUCAAGUAAAAAUUGUACAAUUAUUACACCAUAUGAAAGUGAUUUUAAUCCAUGUCCAAGAGAAAGAGGACAGUUGUAUGUAACAGCUGUUGACAUUCAUAAAACAUAUGUGUCAUUUUCCUAUUGUGCAGUUUGCAUGUCUCCAUCAAGUUCAAAAAUUGCAGUACAAUAUCAAACUGCCUUUGAAGUAUUAAAUGUUACCAGUCCUGGAAAUAUCAAAAAAUUGGCUACUCUAACAACCAAUAGAACAAAUUCAUGUCCAACAUCAAUAGCAUUAGAAUAUAAUUGGGUAGUUUUGGGAUAUGCAGAGGAAUCGGCAAUUGAUUUAUUUACCAAAAUAUCGGUACCAGGAAAUAAUUCAUUUGAAUUUUUCGAAACGAUUGAAUCUAGUGUUGGUGGAUUUGGAUCAGAUGUUACGUUGGGAGAUAGUUUAUUGGUGGUUGCCACACCGGGUAGUACAAAGAAUCAAGAUAUAACUGCUACUGUAGUGUUUUAUGAAUUGUAUGUCGACGCCAAUGGCACUUCACGAAGAGCAUCGAUAGAGGCAACCAUACCAAAUCUCAAUUAUGAAACAGUCUAUGAAUAUGGAUACCAAAUAUCAUACUAUGGAGAUGAAUUGGCAGUUAUUAGCUCUGAUUCUUCUGGAUCAAGACUUGGAUUCAAUGUCUAUCCAGUGUGUCCAUAUGGUAUGGAGUGGUCAACUAAAUUCUCAAAAUGCUCCAUGUGUCAGGCUGGUCAAUUCAAGUCGGUCUCUAACCCUGCUGCCAAUGCAUCGUUUGAAUUGUGUUAUCCGUGUCCUGGUGGAUUCUAUACGGGACCAGUCAUGGGUAUUGCCAGUGAAAUCGAAUGUAGAAUGUUUAAUUGCUCAGAUGAAGAGUUUUGCCCCGAAGGUAGUAUCUAUCCACUAGCAAAUCUCCUCGUUCAAACCAAUUCAAACUCGAUUCCAAACCCAAUCUCUACCGAUGAAUUGGAUUUUGAAAGCACAUUUUAUAACUCUUAUCCAUGGUUCCUCAUCAUUUUAGGGUUUGCCGUCAUCUUUACCACGUUUCUCUGUUUCCCAUGGCCAACGUACAACAAGAUACAAGGUAAACUCAUCAAACUCUUGCUCAAACUCAACUUUUACGAUUGGGAUGGCGAAGAAAUGACAGAAGAGGUAGAUUAUUUGGAACGUGCUCAGAAUACAUCGAUCAAUGGUGGAACCAUGCGAGAGUCGAUGGCACCAUUUGGACAGAGAUCCUCCAAACGAGGUAUCUUUAUCAGAAAACGUCGUACCAAAGUCAGACCACAAAAGGCAGUUGAAUCGUUUUGUUCCUACUACUUUUUACUCGUGCUUGGUUUGAUGAUCCUGUUUAUCGUUCAAUUCCAAAAGGUAAACUCUGAUCUUUCCAUCGACCUUCGUGCCUAUGGACAGACAUCGACCGAUUUGGAUCUCAAAGGAAGGUACACUGAAUUGCAGUACCUACGAAUCAUUGACAUAUCACCACUCGUCAUCACAUUGGAUCUGUAUGGAUAUUCUGGUCAGUGUAUCACUGAAGAGAUUGGAUUGGAAAUCAAUGGAUGUCAAACUAUAAAUUAUAUGGGAACUUGCGAGUAUGACCUCAAAGUUGAACUUAUCAAUAUUAAUGGUACUACAGAUUCAUCUGAUCAAUCAUCAAAUGAUUCUAGUAAUGAAAGUAGUGAACAAGGUGGUGGUAGUAGUAGUACUGAAAGUAGUAGUAGUAGUAGUGAUUCUUCAGAUUCCUCUUCAUCUGAUUCUUCCUUUUCAUCAUCCUCUUCAUCAUCUUCUUCAGAUAUACCUGUAAAUGGUGGAAAUUUAAGACAACGAUCAAUGGUUGGUACAUCAAUUAAUCAAACAUGUAGAAUUACAGUAUUAUUUGACAAGGGAUCAGAAUAUUCAGAUUUAUCAUCGUAUGCAAUCAAGAUUGUUCCAACCAACAAUUAUUACUUUUAUGCUCAAAGACUUGUUUACAAUGUAUCGACUGCCAACAAUGAAACAAUGAUUGCACAAGGAAACUCAUAUGUUAGUGGUAUUGUUCAACCACCCAAAUAUAUGAUUCUCAGACCCAGCGCUGAAGUCACUAUUUUAUCAAUGCUUACAUUCAUGACGGAUUGUAGUAUCCAUUCGUCGAGCGAUGACUUUACACUUGUCAGACCAAUGGUUGAAAAGUGUGAGUUUGACAAACAAUCCUACAAGGAUUACUCAUUCAUCUCCAAUGCCACCUCUUAUUUGGAACCAAAGGAUUACCACGAUGCAGAUCCCUCAUUCACAUUCCAAGUCAACAUUGAAAAGAGUGUAUUCUUUAGAUACGUAACAUCAUCACAUAGUGUAUCAUUUGGUCAAAUCAUAACGGUCAUUAUGUUUUCCAUUCUAGAUGUAUUUUGGGUUAUCGAAGUCAUUGUUCCAGUUGUCCAAACAAUCGUUGCACUUUUAGAAAACGCUUCAAAAAGAGCUAAAAGAAAAGAAUAUGAUGAAAUAGGAGUAAAACCUUACAAUGAACUUGAAGAAAGAUCAAGUUUAGUUCAAAGUUUAAAUUGA